AUGCCUCCUGUCAAGAAGGCAAUUAUCAUCGGCGGUGGCCCAGCCGGACUCGCAGCGGCGAUACGCCUCAAACAAUAUAAUGGUGUUGAUACGACCGUCUACGAAAUCCGGCCGGAACCGACCACACUAGGCGGCGCAGUGAACAUCCCUUCCAACGGCUUACGCCUCAUUCAUCGGCUGGGCCUGUAUGAGGAGCUCUGCGCCCGAGGGUCCUCCGCCUCGCAGCUCACUGUGCACUCCAUGCAAGGCGCCGUUCUGGCGGAUUUUGAUAUGGCAGGAUGGAGCCGCACUAAAGUGGGAUUUGGUUUCAUGCGCGUCUUGCGAACCGACCUUGUUGACGUGCUCCUGGAAGCGACCAAGCAGCAAAACAUCCCGGUUCACUUCGGUAAACGUAUGGAACUCAUUACGGAGGACGAUAAUGGAGUCAAGGUUACAUUCUCCGAUGGCACAACUGUGUCUUCUGAUCUACUUCUUGGCUGUGACGGUAUUCACUCUGCAGUCCGCUCGCUGCACGUCGACCCAGCAGCAAAGCCGGUAUAUUCGGGCAUUUCCAACAUGUUCGCAAUACUGCCGACAUCUCGCCUGUCAGGUAGCAAUGGAGCAAUACCUCCCGCUUUGCACGCCACAUUGACCCCUGAGGGACUUCUGGGACUAAUGCCGUGUACCGCCUCUGGAGACCAUUUAUACUGGUUCUAUUCGCGUGAGAUCCCAGUGCCUGAUGGGGGAAUCAACCGCGAAGGGUGGGAAGAGUUCGGCAAAAGAGCAGUUGAUGGUUUCAAGCAGAAUGUACUCGAGGUAAUUCGGAGCGGGACUGGGAGCUGGUUGGAUCUAUUGCGCGACAUCAUCCGUAAAACCGAUACUAUCAAAUUCUACCCCAUAUACAAGAUGCCCACGACUGCGGCCUGGUCCACAAAACGCUGCUUGCUCAUCGGUGAUGCUGCGCACGCAAUGCAGCCACAUGCAGGUCAAGGCACCUCGAUGGCCUUAGAGGACGUCUUCUUGCUUUCACGGCUCCUGGAAGGCUCCACGGGUUCGCUGAUCGAACUAUUCCGGGCCUACGAAACCAUUCGCAGACCCCGUGUCGAGGCAAUCGCUCGCCUCUCAAGUGAAAAUGGAGAGAUACGGAAGAAUGCGAGUCCCAUCGGGUUCAAGGUUAAGGAAAUUGCAAUUGGGUUGGGGUUCUGGUUAUACAAAUUGGCGGGGUUGCAGAAGUGGGGAAUCGGCAUGCAGCAGAAAGAGUUCGUCUACGACAUCAUGGACGAGCCCCUUCCAUCGAGGAGCAAUGAUAAUUGA